GAAUGGUCGAGUUCCCUGCACCCGCAGAUUUAUUACCCGAGGAAAAGCACUGUAAUGGGCUAUCAGAGGCGCAGAACCUUGAAGACCCUGCACUCAACUGAAACCCCAUAGUGUUAUUUCCUUUUGUCUUUUAAAAAAGAUAAUCGGAACUAUUUUUCGAAUUGGCAAGAUGACCGACUUUUUAUCCAUGGUGUCCGAGGCGGAGAGGAACUUAUUUACAACCCUAUCCCAGCUCUCUGAAAACGAUGUCGACAAUAUUUGGUCAAACGUGUCAACUUUCGUGGAACGACAGAUGACUUUGCAAAAGGGAGUUUACAUCGCAGGCCUGGGAACCUUCACCUUUUCUCAGCAGAAGCUGGAUGUGGGCAACAAGUUUGUUCUGAUGCAGAGGCCCAUCUUUCUGCUCGCUGAGAAACUGGCCCAGGCACAUGGCCUCAAGCAGGUCAAACCCCUGUCUGCAGCAGGGGACGUGCCACUGGUCCAGCUCAACUUCACAGCCCUGUCGGUGGAGAGUCCGUUCGAGCGCGGCGUGGUGGAGGGCUGUGUCCGGGAGACCCUGCUGCUGCUGCUGCGUGCCGUGGCAACCGGACGCUCGGCGCUCCUCACCUUCCGCGGCAUCGGAGAGCUGUCGUUCUGCCAGAGCAAAGUAAAGAUGAAGUUCUACCGCGACUUCGUCAGGAACAUGGACGGCAGCGGCAGGCUACUCUGGGCCCUGUCCAAUAGACCUGGCACCAGCAACUCUAUACUAUCUGGGAGGUUAUCCAGCAACCAGCAACCAGGGCCCAGCAACACCAUCACCUUUCCCAGGAUCCCCCCUGAACAGCCGGGGAAGGACCGGGGAGAGGAUGCCCCGGGGCAGAAGCAGGGGAAUGAGUGUCCGGUGACUCCGCGGCCCAGAACCAGGCAGACUGUGGACCUGGCCAAAGUCAGUGGGAUCAGUCUCCCUGAUGACUUGGAGCCCAGGCCUCGUGCAGAGAGCAAAACUGACAGGCACACUGUGUCCAUCCUGCCACUGGAGGGUGCUGUGAAGGAGAAAGAGGAGAUGAGCAGGUACUCUUUCCUGGAUAUGCCCUGCAUCACCCACACGCGGGCUGGACAGGAACUGUGUUACCUGUGCAUGCAACGUGCCCAGCGUAACAUCCCCGUGUAUCUAUCAGAGGAGAGGCUGAGGGAGGAACAGGAGCAGGAGAGGUCACUUCUGCUUAACGAGCAGCGCAGAGACCAGUACUACCUCCAGAGGGAGCAGGCGGACAGGCUAGAGAUUCGGGAGAACAACCAGAAGGUGGCAGCAUUCAACCUGGGUGUAUCUGAAGCCAUGAAGGAGAGGAAGGCAGCUCGCUCCUCCCAGUUCCAAACUUCAUACAUUUUUGAGGGGCGACCUCUUACCCCCCCGGGGCUCCCCAAGCAGUGUCACUACCUGCAGGACCUCCAGGCCCAGGCGGAGUGGAGGAUGAAGAAGAUGAAGCAGACCCAGCAGGACCAGGAGCUCAUCGACCGCCUACACCAGGUCCAGCUGGCACAGGAAAUUGCUCAACAGAAGGCCCAGCAGAUCCGACAGAAACAGAAGAAUAUUAGCUGCUAUCAGAAAGCCUUGGACAAACAGGUAGAGGAAAAGCAGGCCAGUCUGCAUAAAGACAAAGGAAACAGGAGAGUGAGGCUCCCACUCAUUCAGGGACAGACAGGAAGACCAAACCACUCAAAGCAGGUGGAGAACCAGGGCCCAGGCCUGCCUGCCCGCCAGCCCGACUCGGAUGGCCCUAUAUUCGGUCGGCCGGACUGCACCCCGGCUGGCUUGGCAGAGCAGAGGCAGCGGGCCGAGAGGGUCUACCAGGAACAGCUGGCCACGACAAACCACAAGAGACAGAUGGAACUCCUGAACCACAGCGCCAGGCUGAGGAGUGAGAGGGACAUGCUCAACCAGAACAAGAAGGAGCUUAUAGAAGACCGCAUCGACCGCUUCUGUAAGCUACGAAACCUCCGGGCUUCUCUGGAGGACACCUGGAGCCGAAGCGCCGAACUGAAACGCCAACGAGACUUGGAGGAGAGGGAGUUCAUCAGGUCUGGGAGUGGUCUGCUGGUUGACCAGUGUGAGCGGUUCCGCCGCUGUUACCAGUGCAAGAGGAAUACGGCGAACUGUGGACAAAGCAACAUCUGGAAAGAGUCCCGGUACAUCCCUGGCUCUCGUCUCAUGGUCUAGUCCAGUCCUGCUUUCCCAAACCUCCCAGGAUUUUGGUUUGGGGAACUCCUGGAUUUCUUGCUUAUUCACACCCGAAUCUGGGAAUUCACAAGCCCAGGACCACCGGAGCACUAAGCGGGAAUGAAUAUGAUCCUGGAUAAUAAACACCAGUAUGUGAAGGAUAAUACUUGAAAUUGUUUGCAGUUGUAGGCUAUUAGUGCUUGUAUGACUGGGUUGUCAUUCUGGGGGUGUUACAUCAUUUAAAAUGAAUGAGUGUUUGUUCUGCCCUUUUCCACCUUUGUGAUUAUGUCUGUCAUUAGUAUCUCUUCAAUAAUCCUAACAAUCAAUAAAACUGACUUUUAGGCUGUG